AUGUAAAAUUAUCAAAUCUCAAUUUAAAUACCAUAAAUUUAGUUAAUUAAUUUAGUAAAAAAGCAUUUUGAAAUGAUAAAGGAUCUUAAUCCAAGGUAAAUUUAAUUAUCAAACAUUUCUUAGUAGCGAAUAUAAACAUAGUAAGUCAUUCUUCUAAAUCUCCUAUUCAACAAUGCAAUGGUCCAAGUCUCCAUUACCUAUAUCAAUUAAUAACCAAACAAUAUCUGACGAAGUUAAAUUUGUAAAUAAGUCAGGAGUAGUAAAGUCUACAACACUUACCAAUAUAGAAAACUAUUUAUUUUAUAAAACAAAAAAAGUAGCAUAUUCAUCUUACUUUUAUUUAGGGUAAAACUAAAUGGAUUGAUAUUGAAAAUGCUAUAAUAGAACUUUUUUAUCAUCCUAAAUUUGGUUCAGCCUUAAGACUCAUAAAAUGUUUUGAUGUUAUUGAAAUAUUUUGUGAUUCUAAAUCAUGGCUAGGCUACCUUAAAAGUUAUACUAUACAAUGUGAUUUUGAUGCUACAUAUAUUAUUAAAAAGAAAAUCGGGAAAGGUUCUUUAUCAUAAGUAUAAAUUUAUUUAUUCUAAUAUAGGUUUAUAAAGGCUUUAACAAAUAUGAUGGAAAUGAAUAUGCAGUAAAAAUUUAUAAAAAACAAUCUUUAAUAGACGAGGCUCAUAGAAUUGCCUUAUUAAAAAGAACUUCUAUUCACAGAAGAGUUUAAUCUGAAUUUGCUAUUAAAUUUUAUGAGAUCUUUGAAAAUAGUGAAUAAGUAUUUAUCAUUCUUGAAUUAAUAACUUGUGGUAAUCUCAUGGAUUAUAUGGCCAGAGAGAUUUGUUUUCAAGAAGAUAGAGCUGCCAAAAUUAUUUUUAGAUUAGUCAAAACAAUAAAUUAUUUACAUUCAAAGAAUAUUAUUUAUAGAGACUUAAAACCUGAUAAUAUAGUUUUUAGAAUAGAAGAUAAUAUUGAAACACUUUGUAUAAGAAAAUUUUAAUUGGCUGAUUUUUAUGAUCCAGAAUUGAAUUAUCAUUAUGUAUGUUGUGGUACACCUGGUUUUAUUGCACCAGAAAUCUUACUUCAUCAGAAUUAUGAUUUAAAAGUUGAUGUAUUUAGCAUUGGAGUUAUACUAUAUAUUUUAACAACUGGAACACUACCUUUUGAUGGUAAUACUGAUUCUAGAUUGUAAUAAAAUAUUGAGGGUGAAGUUGAUCUUAAUUCAGUUAAUCUUAGUCCCCUUGGUCUUGAUUUUAUUAUUGGUACAUUAUAAUCCAAUCCUGAAGAAAGAUUGACAUCACAUUAGUGUCUAAAUCAUUAAUGGUUUAUACAAGAACAAUUAGCUAAAUUAAAAUAGAUGUAAAUGAAAAAACCAACUAUUUUGUAAAACCGACAUAUCAAUAGAAGAAUAAAACAAUCUAAAACCUUGACUUUUAGCCCUUCCUCUCCUAGAAGUCAUGUUUCCAUUUAAAGUCCUAAAAAUCAUAAUUUACAAUAAAAUUAACAUUUUCCUUUAAAAAUUCCUUAAUAUCAUACUGAAAAAUUAAUUGGACCUUCUUAUAGUUCUAAAAAUAUAAAUAAAUUUGAAAAAUUCUAAACUUAGCCUCCUGAUGAUGAUUCAUAUUAAGAUGAAAGUAGCUUAAAAGCAUCCUUUUAGAGUUAAAUGCGAUUAUCCAGGAAAAAGACUGAAUCUUUUGUGAUUAAAUCAAAUUCAACAGCAAAACAAUUCAACGCAACUAAAUCAAAGUUUAAAUGA